GGAAUUAUGAGAGUAAUGCUUUUCAAGGUCAAGUGUGUCGACAGAUUAACUAGAUUCUGUGUUGUAUUUAGAAGGAAUUACAGCCUUCCCACAGACUACUUUCAAACUAGCCUACCUAGCUUAAAGGUUCCGCAGCUCGAAAAAUCUUUGGAGAGAUAUAUAAAAUCGCAGGUUGUUGUUUAGAUGAAGCAAUUCUUAAUGAUUCAGAAUUACAGUACACAAGAAAAGUUGUCUCUGAAUUUUCUCAGAGUAGGGGCCCUGUGUUACAGAAAUCUUUGGAGGACUUUGCUAAAUCCAAUCCAAACACAAGUUAUAUUGCAAAUAUAUGGUCUCGCAUGUACUUAUGUGACCGUCGACCAGUGGUUUUAACUCACAAUCCUGUUUUAUUGUUUAAGAAUACUGAAUUGGGUAAAGGCUAUGAUGAUCCUGCAAUUAGAUCAACGAAUCUUGUGUACAGUAUUCUUCGUUUCUAUAAAUCACUCUCUAAAAAUGAAUUAUCACCACCGAUGUAUUGCCCAAAGAAAGAUUGGUCAAAAUCAUCAUUUUUUGAAAAGAUAAUCAGGUGUGUACCACAGUCGUAUGCAUCCAAUGUUGCUCGUUUGUUUAAUGUUUAUCCACUGGAUACAAGUCAAUACAAAAAUAUGUUCUGCUCAACUCGUCUGCCUGGCAAUGAUUGUGAUCAACUAGUUAACUUUAAUCGAUCACAUCAUUUAUUGGUUAUUCACAAUGGACAUUAUUAUUACUUUGAUGUAUUAGAUGAAUGCGGUGAAAUUAUUCCCGCCAAUCUACUGUUGAGUAACCUUCAGUUUAUAUUAAAACAACUCAAGCUGACAAAUCCACCUCCACCAUCGAUUGGUGUGAUUACAGCAAUGUCACGUGAUAAAGCAUUUAUGGCACGUCAACGUUUAAUUGAUCUAGGCAAUCAAGUUUCAUUAAAUUUAAUCGAUUCAGCAUUAUUUGUCUUGACUUUAACGGAUGAAACAGCUGUCAAUCAUGUGAAUGCGUUGCCAGAAUUUCUAUCCGGUUCAUCAAAAUCACGUUGGUUUGAUAAGAGCUUCAGUUUGUUAGUGAAUCAAUCUGGUUAUGCAGCUAUUAAUUUUGAGCAUAGUUGGGGUGAUGGUGUGACGAUUUCACGUUUAUUCACUGAUGUAUAUAUCGAUUCUGAAAAGCAUCCAGUUGUAGAUCCUUCAAUGCUUAAAAAUACUGAUAGUCUACCUAAUCCAACUGUUAAACGUAUUGAAUGGAUAUUAGAUGAUGACUUUGUACUGAAUAUUAUUCAGCCUAAUGAAUCAAUAUACAAUGCAUGGAGAGAUAAGCUGACAUUUAGUUGUGUAGACAAAAGAGAUUCAAUUAAUAGACAAUUGUGUAAAUCGCUUGGUUUAAGUCCUGACAGUAUAAUGCAAUUAUUAUUUCAGUUAGCUUAUGACGCUGUACACAGUGAACGAGUCGCUACCUAUGAACCAUGCAGUACAUCAACUUUUAAACAUGGUCGUACUGAAACAAUUCGUUCAGCUACUGUAGAAACAAGUAAAUUUAUAGAUCUUAUGCAUAAGUAUAAGAGAUCUUUAUCCUCUUCACCUAAUACGCCUAUCGUGUCAGAUGGUAUCCUGUCUUCAGAUUUGUAUGCCUGCCUUCAAGCUUGUUCAGCUAAACAUUCUCAAUUGAUUAAAGAAGCUGCUGUUGGUCAAGGUUGGGAUAGACACUUGUAUGUCUUACGUCAAUUUGCCUUGACCGACUCACACGGUCCACUGCCUAGUCUGUUUCUUGAUCCGAGUUAUGAAAAAAUCAAUCAAUGUCUGAUUUGUACAAGUUCAUUGUCUACGCCUGGUCUUGCAAUGGGUGCAUUUGCAGCAGUCUGCCUAGAUGGCUACGGUAUAAUGUAUCAUAUAGAGGAUGAUUAUUGUAGUAUGCAGGUGACUUCAUGGUCUGAUUCACCAAAAUCCAAUGCUGUUCAAUUCAAGGAUGCAUUCGUCGACAGUGUAAAUUAUAUUACUGAAUUGAUUAAGAAGACGUCUUCAGAUAAUCGAUGAAGAGAAGUGCACAGUCAUACAACAACAGUCCAUGUAUUUGCAUGUGUAGUUCAUCCCAUCGGCCUUCGGGGGAAAGGGGUGUCGACAGCGGUAGCGAUAUUCUUUGUAUAUAAAGAUAUACCAUAUAUGAUUUUAAAUAGUUUAUUUAUUAUUUACUCUCCAGGUUUUAGUUUUUUUUUUGACUGCGAAUGUUUCGAUAUCUAUCUGGUUAUCAAAACCAAUGCAACUUUGUAAACUGAGAUUUCGUAAUCAACUGUUUCUGGAUUUCUAUUUUACUAGUAAACAAUUUGGUUGUCUUUCGCAUUUCGUUUUUAUUUUAUUCUUUGAUAAUGAAUGACUGAAAAUAAAUUUUGUUAUGAUCUGAUGUUUAACACGUUGGAUGCCCUUACAAAAUUGUGAAUUGUACAAUAAAC